AGCCCGUGUGGAAGGAAGUCGCUCAGGAAUUGGAGGCACUGGGAGCAGGAAUCGGGGUUGUUCACGCUGGGUACGAGAGGCGGCUCGCCCAUCACUUGGGUGCACACAGCACCCCCUCCCUGCUGGGGCUCAUCAACGGGAAAAUCACCUUCUUCCACAACGCUGUGGUUCGGGAAAACCUUCGGCAGUUUGUGGAGAACCUCCUGCCCGGGAAUCUUGUGGAAAAGAUUACAGAUAAGAACUACAUCCGCUUUCUCUCCAACUGGAAGAAAGAAAACAAGCCCCACGUCCUUCUGUUUGAUCACAUGCCAGUUGUGCCAUUAUUGUACAAGCUGACUGCCUUUGCCUACCGAGAUUACUUGUCCUUUGGUUACGUGUAUGUUGGCCUCCGAGGCACUGAAGAGUUGUCCAGUCAGUACAACAUCAAUGUCUACACUCCCACCAUGAUGAUCUUCAAGGAGAACAUUGACAAGCCCGCUGAUGUUGUACAGGCACGAGAUAUGAAGAAGCAGCUCAUUGAUGACUUCCUUUCCCAGAAUAAGUUCCUCAUGGUGGCCAGGCUCACCAACCAGAGGCUGUUCCAGGAGCUGUGUCCCGUGAAGAAGUCUCACCGUCAGCGGAAGCACUGCGUGGUCCUGCUUACUGGAGAAGGAGAGAAGUUCGCUGAGGCUUAUGAAGCAUUUUUGGCUUUUGCUGUGGCCAACACAAAAGACACACUGAAGUUUGUGCACAUCUACAAUGAUCGGCAGCCGGAAUUUGCGGACGCGUUGCUGAUGGAUGAGGAGAAGUAUCGGGGAAAAUCAGCUGUGGUCAUUUUGGAGAGAAGGAAUAACGCAGGGAAAGUGGUCUAUAAAACCCUGGAGGAGGCCUGGCAAGGCAGCAAAGAGGACAACUUCAUCCUCCUGGAUCUUCUGGACCAGCUGAGGACAGACCCCAACCUCCUCUCUUCAGAGACUGUCCUGGCAGACUUGAACGAUGAGCUUGCUCCCAUGUUCCUUAUCCGAUGGCUCUACUCCACACUGGACUAUAUCUCCGACUGCUGGGAUAGUUUGUUCCACAGUAACUGGCGAGAAAUGAUGCCGCUGCUCUCCUUGCUCUUCUCUGCACUCUUCAUCCUCUUUGGCACUGUUAUUGUUCAGGCUUUCAGCGAUUCGAGCGACACAAGGGACUCUCCUCCCUCGGAGAAAGAAGAAACUGCAGCAAAGACUGAGAAGAAUGAUGCGAGCUUCAGCAAAGAGAGUAACAGCAGGAUUCCCAAAAAGGGCUUUGUGGAGGUGACGGAGCUGACGGACAUCAACUACAACAGUAACUUGGUCCGGCUCAGGCCGGGUCACAUGAACGUGGUCUUGAUCCUGUCCAACUCGACCAAAACUGCCCUCCUUCAGAAGUUUGCUCUGGAGGUCUACACCUUCACAGGGAGCAGCUCUCUUCACUUCUCCUUCCUCAGCCUGGACAAGCACCGGGAGUGGCUGGAAUACCUGCUAGAGUUCGCCCAGGAUGCAGCCCCCAUCCCAAACCAGUACGACAAGCAUUUCCUGGAGCGCGACUACACGGGCUACGUCCUGGCUCUCAACGGCCACAAGAAAUACUUCUGCCUCUUCAAGCCUCACAGAUCGGGGGAUGAGGGGGGGUCACCUGAGGAUUACAAUUCCUCACUCCACGCAGAAGCCAGAGGGAAAUCCUCCUGCAGCCCAGGAUCUAGAUCCAUUAAAACCAAAUUACACAAAUUGUCCUUUUGGAUGGAACGCCUCCUCGAGGGUUCCUUACAGAGGUUCUAUAUCCCCUCGUGGCCAGCACUAGACUGA